CUCUCUAGAAGACGCACGGACGGAGGGAGAAGAGCCGGGAGCUGGUGGUUGCUUCGGCUUCACUGCGAAGUCGAAGUCUGCGAAAGCAUGAACGGCGGGGCGAGGGAUGGAGGAGGAGGAGGAGGAGAAGACGACAAGGGGCUUCUAUGGAAGCUCCCGGCGGUCCGAUCAAAGCGGCUCGGCAAGUUGGGCCCCGCCUUCGGAGUCGGCGCCGGCUGCGGUCUCGGCUUCGGCCUCGGCCUCAUGGGCGGGCUAGGCUUUGGUCCUGGAAUUCCUGGUUUGCAGCUUGGCUUUGGGAUAGGGGCUGGAUGUGGUGUUGGUGUGGGAUUUGGUUAUGGUAUUGGACGGGGGCUUGCCCAAGAUGAUAAUCGUAGAUACUCAAAUGUGGGGAAUGUCUUUCGUGGUCCAGGGAGUCUUCCUACUGAGGAUGAAAUUGGUGCACUUGUUGAUGAUCUAAUAAUCAACACGAAGAAGCUCAUCAGUGCGACUUCAAGAGAAAUUGACAAGUGGAGGAGAUGAUUUCAGUUCCUUAAGUUCAUGCAGUCAAUCUGGGAUAUAGUUGUAUAGCAUCGACAUGUUUUAUCUGAACUAUGUUUCUGUUCGAAGCUGUUGAAUCCAUGAAGACAUUGUAUCAAUUGUAUUUUACGUUCAGCUGUUUAUGCAGCAUUCCAGGACCACUCACCAAUUGCAGUUUUUCUAUUUCACUUUUUGUUCCCCUUCUGAUGUUUACUCGACUAUUAUGUCAUGGACAUGGUUUUUGGUCGGAUUUCAGACAUGACCAUAGCAUUGGCAAGAUGAAUUGAUGUCUGAUUCUAGUGG